CUUCUGCUGAGAAAUUGGACAAAGACACCAUGAGUGGCGGCAAUUCCACCCCAAGUUCAAGAAAUUGGCCGGUCGGACAAGGUUAUGGUGGCCAUGUUCCUAACAGUAGUGAGGGAAGCCGUGCACAAGCUCCAUUUUCUCAAGCUGGAUCUCUUUCCUUCCGUGCUGAUCCAGGUACCAGCUGGGAUGCACCCAAUCCACGACCUUUAUACGAUGAGAGAGUGAUAACAGGACCAUUCAGCUUAGCUGGUUUUCCAGUGCCAUCACAUUCCCCAGUGCAUAUUUUGGGAAUGGAGGUCAACCCUAGUCACAGGCAAAUCAUCCAGGCAUCCCCGCCAGCAUUCAUAAGACAACAGAAUGUGCAAGGUGCAACUCAUGACGACAACUCAAAGUUGACUCGAGAGGAGCAGCAAAUGGCUUUGAAGAAGUUAAAGAAAGGAGUCUAUGAUCCCCCUCCAAUGAAAAUAAGGCCGAAUUUAUAUUACAGACUCGACUCCAAAAACGCCGUGAAAGAGAUACAAAAGGAAAAAGAAAACGACAUUAAGAGCUGUGCUGUUUGCUUAGAAGAUUUCGAGCCAAAAGAGACGGUGAUGCUUACACCAUGCGAACACAUGUUUCAUGAAGCCUGUAUUGUGCCAUGGGUGAGAAGCCAGGGCCAGUGCCCUGUGUGUAGGUUUGUACUCAGUGGGCAAAAGAGAGAGAAUGACAGGGUGAAUGUUGUAGCAGCCAACGAUCCAUUUGAAAGGGAGCUUAUAUCAGUUAUAAGGGCUAUAGAGGAGGGUACCAUAUGGAACAGUUUUGCCCGCUUAUAUCUGACAUAA